GUUUAUUUAACACUUCGCUGUCUAUUGGCAGUGUUUCUUCUAUUCUCUACCCAAUCAGAGAAUUUUAGGGUUAUACGGGUCGAAAGCGUUGCGAAUUUGAUUCAGGAUUUCUGAUUUUGGGGGAAUUAUAAGCUUUUAGCAAGAAGUUGAAUGGCUGGUCCGAGGAUUGCUCAUGCCACUUUGAAGGGACCAAGUGUGGUGAAGGAGAUAGCCAUCGGAAUUGUGCUUGGCAUUGCUGCAGGUAGCGUAUGGAAGAUGCACCACUGGAAUGAGCAGCGGAAAGUUAGGGCAUUCUACGACUUGUUAGAUAAAGGUGAAAUCAGCGUGGUUGCUGCAGAACAAUAAACAUUGUGAAAUUUUUUUUGAUCAGAGACAUCCUUACCAGUUCUGGAUGAUUUGUAUUCCCACCAAUUGGUUCUUGGAUCAGACAUGAGCUUGUCUAGCUUGAAUUUGAGUAAAAUAAGUUGUAUUGAAAUUUUGUGGAUCACAUGAUCACUUCUGCAGAUUCUAAAGCUUUAUGGGUGCUUAUUUCUUAUGUUUUAGUGCAAUUCUUGAUA